AUGGUAUCGUUCGCUUUGGCAUCAUACCGGUCGUGGGUGUUGGGUGUCCGCAAUGGCAUCCAGCCCAAUGUGGCGUACACGUACUCGUGGGGUGAGCAGGCGCAACCUGCCCGCGAAAGUUCGGGACCUCAAACUGAACGAGAAGUCAACAUGCGCACAGUUACAAGGCCCAGAAGGUUCCUGUCGGAGGACCAGAGCCAAUUCUUCACACAGACACACGAGAAGUCUCCAGCACAGUCACCACAGCAGUCACCCUCAACGGGCAGAAAAGGGGCCACGGACACAGGCACAGGUACAAGCACGGACACAGGCACGGGUGCAACAGGCACAAACAUGGGUGCAGGGGUAGGUGGCAGCAUACAGGUGGGGGGUGGGCCACGGACAGUCGGCAAUCAGGGCUAUGAAGUCACGAACAUGGAUGUGCUACACACACAGUACACCCACAGCAGAUCAGCAGACAGCCAUGCACAUACGGCGGAUGGGCUGAAGCGACUCAGUGCCGCGCAGCUGCUGAGCGAACCUGAACACCCGCCCCAAACACGCAGUGGGGCGACAUCCACACCACAGCAUCUGACUCAUAGGCUAGGCAGACACGGCACACCGCAAGACACCAGCGCACACAGCAGCCCACAUGCCCAGGACGAGGGGCACCCCCAAGCCACGGGUGGGCAUACCUCAUGUGGGCACACACACAGCUACCUGCCCGCCCGGGACAAGGUCAAGCACAGGUGCAUUGUAAGCGGCAUCCUCUACGACGACAUGGGUGUGGAGGGCAACGCGGAGAUGCUGCUGGGCCCACGCACGCGUAUGACACUCUCCGCCUACAGCUCAUAUCCACCGUACAACGCACGUGCCACGAACAGCCACAACACACCAGCCACCACACACCAGUCACCUGCUGCAGCAGAGGCAGCCGAGUCACAGCUCAUUGCCUUUGCACGGCACACGUCGGCUAAUGGGCUGUUUACGACGACGGGUCUAUUCAUGUCUGGCGGCAUGGUGUUCGGUACGAGCUUACUGGUCAAGCCACCGAGGUAA